UACCAAUUACAACUGAAAAGACUUGUAAAAAACGUUAUGUAACAGAUGGAUCCACAGGAAAUUUAAUUACUCAUUUAUAUUCAAAGCACCAGAUUGUUGAGUCGACUAAAAAAAAUGAUUUAAUGGUUCAAAGUACUAUGAAUUGCAUGAUUAUUAAACCUCAUGAUAAUAAUAAACAAUUAAAACUACAACAAUUAUUAAUGGAAUGGAUUAUUUUCGACAAUCAAUCAUUAAAUAUACUUAAAUCUGAUUCCUUUAAAACAUUUAUUAAUUCACUUGACCCUGCCUUUUCUAUUCCCGAUAUUAAAUUUAUAAAACAAUUGAUUCAUAAAUCUUAUAAUCAUACACUUCCUCUCAUUAUCAAACACAUUGAAGAGAAUGCAUUAUCAGUUAGUUUAACCACUGAUAUGUGGACUGGUCGUAAUAGAUUAGGAUUUCUUGGUGUAACUUGUAGUUAUUUAGAUGAAAAUUUUAAAAUGCAUGAACAAGUACUUGCUGUUGAUUACGUUAGAUACCCACAUACUGCAAAUCAUAUUAGUGAUACAUUAUUAGCAAUAUUAGAUGAGUGGGGUGUUCGUGACUUAACUCAUAUUAUUACUACUGAUAAUGGAUCCAAUAUUAAAAAAGCAAUUAAAGAUAUGGAAUUAAUCGCUCCUAACAUAUUUUGGCAACCUUGUUCAGCACAUACUCUCCAAUUAGUGAUAG